AAUAUAUAUGUUUAUAUACAAUUAUUAUGCUACUAAAAUAGAUAAAAUUUACCGCUUGUUCAAUUUGAACAAUAAUUAUCACACGAAAACGUGGACCAAAAGUGAGAAGUACUAUUCCAAUUUAUUAUAAAAUUAUGGUGGUGGGGACAACGGAAUUUUUGAAAUGCACAUACUCGCAGCGAAAGCACACGAAAGUAUGAAUACAGUUUAGUUAAGGUGUUAGUUUAGAGAACAAAGGUGAAAAGACUAGUGAUUGUAGAAGAUUUAAUAGAAAAAGGGUAAAAUGGCUAAUGUAGAGGCAUUAAUAAAUCGCUUAGAAAAAGCGGAACAAUCCCAUUUAUUGAGAUUUUACGACGAACUAGACGAUAAUCAGAAACAAAAUCUUCUUUCCCAGCUAGAAAAUUUGGACAUUGAAGAAAUAAACAAACUCUUCAAGAAUGCACUAUCAUCUCUUCAAGAAACGGUAAAGAAAUUAGACGAUAAGAUGGAACCCAUUCCUCCAUCCCAAUUUGAAUCCAGGGUUAAUUCGUCGCCAGAACAAUUGGAAAAAUAUCGAAGCAUAGGUUUAAAAGAGAUAUCCGAAGGUCGUGUUUGUGCUUUACUUUUAGGCGGCGGUCAAGGGACUCGAUUAGGAGUGUCAUAUCCUAAAAUAAUGUACUCAGUAGGACUUCCUUCCGGAAAAAGUUUAUGCCAAAUUCAAGCAGAGCGCAUUUUGAAAUUGCAAGAAAUGGCAAGUAGCAGAUAUGGGAAAAAUUGUAAAAUUCCGUGGUACAUCAUGACAAGCGGCCCUUCCCGAGAAGCGACAGAAAAAUUUUUGAGGGAUAAUAAAUUUUUUGGUUUAGAUGAAGAUGAUGUCGUAUUCUUUGAGCAAGGAGUAUUACCAUGCUUCGAUAUGAACGGCAAAAUACUUUUGGAAACGAAAAGUCGAAUCUCAUUCGCUCCCGAUGGUAACGGGGGAAUAUACAGAGCUCUUUAUCAGUCAGGAGUUUUAAAUGAUAUGGGAAAACGCGGCAUUGACUACAUUCAUGUCUAUAGCGUUGAUAAUAUUCUCGUUAAAGUAGCAGAUCCUAUAUUUAUCGGUUAUUGUGUAAGCAAAAAUGCUGACUGUGGAGCAAAAACUGUCAGUAAACAAUCACCGACGGAAGCAGUAGGGGUUGUAUGUAGGGUGGAUGGAAAAUUUCAGGUUGUUGAAUACAGCGAAAUAACCGAAAAAACGGCAAGUUUGCGAGACGAUAAAGAAAAUUUAAUUUUCAAGGACGGAAACAUUUGCAACCACUUCUUUACAGUUACUUUUCUACGUAGGAUUGGGGAAAAGCACGAAAAUAACUUAAAAUUGCACGUUGCAAAAAAGAAGAUUCCUUACGUUAAUGAUCAAGGAGAAACUGUAAAGCCGAAUGCACCUAAUGGAAUCAAAAUUGAGAAAUUCAUAUUCGAUGUUUUCGAAUACAGUAAAUUUUUUGUCACGUGGGAAGUACCGAGAGAUUCCGAGUUUAGCGCACUUAAAAAUUCCGACGAUAUUGGUAAGGAAUGCCCAUCAACUGCUAGGCAGUCUCUAUUCAAUUUGCACAAAAAGUACAUCGAAAAUGCCGGAGGUCAAGUUGAAGGAAAUGUCGUGGAAAUUUCUCCUUUACUCUCUUACGAGGGAGAAGAUUUAGAAUCUUUAGUAAAAGGCAAGAAAUUCAAAGAACCUGUUUUACUUCAACAUCCUUCCGAACAGCACGUUAAAAACGGAUCUAUUAAUGGCUGUUAACAAAUAAACAUUGAAUUUUAAGCAAUAUCUUAUAGAUAUGGCUGUUCAAGUGCCCAAUCUUGUCUUUUUUCUUAAAAGAUAAGAACUGCCUUUCUUUUGGAUAAGUAAUAUGAUCGUAUUCGUGGUGAUAAUUAUUGUAAAAAUUAUUAUUAAAUAAACCCAUUAGCAAUUUAUUUAUCCUGUUUGAAACAUUUAAAAAAAACAGUUUCUGUGAUUUUAUUACUUCUUCAGUAUUUAUCGUUAAAUAUAUUGUUAAUAAUA